GUGAAGAAGUUAGUUCUCCUCACUACAAAAGGUUCAAAAAGUAGACUUCGCACAGCUCGCCUGGUCCCCAUCUAAAAUUGUACUUUUCACUCACGAGCACAGGGAUUUGUACGAGUAUAACUGUAACAAAAAAGCUAGUUCUCAGUCGAGGUUUACUUUUUAUCAGCGUUUUUUUUAUUUUUUGAGUACAGGUAGUGGCCCACUAUAGCUCUCUUUCGUCUUUUCUCUUUCCACUAGUCCGUCCAGCUCUAUCUAUCUAUCUCUCACUGGGGGUCUGUUGAGUUUCUCUCCAAAAAACUGUUGCACCGCCGCACCAACGAGUGCGAGCAUACCGAACGGUAAUAUUCUGAUCUGAUCUGCUGUCAAGAUCAAAUAUUCUCGAUCCCGUUACUUUUCGUUGAUCAGCACUUAUUUCACAGAAAAGAAAUAAGAACCGCAAAGUCAAAAUGUCACUCCCCGCCACUCGUCCGCGUUUUGGUUUCGCGCACGCGCGCCGUGAUUUCCCAGCAGCAGCGACCACAGGAGCACCUCCACUACAGGGAAAAAAUGUAGUCGCAGCACCGACAGCACAGAGCGAUGAUUUUUCUACCAGUAGUAUAACAACUGCUACAACUGUUCUUCCGAGCAAGAACAUCCUGGGUCAGCCGCAGGAGACCGCGGCUGCGAAGGUGCGCAAGCUGCUAGGCGACGAAGUGGAGGAUGAUGCAGCUGUUUUGGACCUGAAUAGCAUCCGGACGCAGCUUUCCGCCGGAUCCGCAGGAGAAGCUUCAGUGGCGAAGACGACCGGAUCUUCGAAGAACACUACUGCAGCUACACCCGGAGGGGCAGCAGUGUCGUGUUCCUUGGCGGGAAUAAAAAACGUACAGCAAGAACUCUCCAAGAAGAAUACGCCGACACGAAGACAGACCAACUUCAGUCCCAUCUUCACACCACCGGGAAUAAACAAGCAGAACAAGCAGCAGCUAAAAAAUGCGUCGCCGAGUCGUGGGGACACAGAACCGAAAGUGGUUAGAAGUACUUCACCAGGCCAAGUUGGCACGGGAGGCGGUGCAGGAAAAGUCGUACAAGUUGCACCACACGACCAGCAAAGUGAACACCAGCGAAAGCUGCUGCACAAAAUAAACAACGAGGACCCGCCUACGAAAAAUAGCACCACCAUCGUGCCAGCACCCCCGAAAUUCGGGUUCGCGCACGCCUACCGCGGACAACAACAGGCGACCACAAAGAAAUCAACCUCCACGCCGCCGCCUUUGACAAGAAACAAGGCAUUCAUCUCGCCUGGAACAAGGAACAACUUCAAUGCUGCGACAUCGGGUGCUGGUGGUUCUUCCGCGGGGAUAGCUAGUACAUCAUCCGGUGCGGGACAUUGUACUACUGCAGCUUCGAUGACGAAUAAAAACACGACCAGCGCUUUAGAUGAUCACACUUCCGCUCGGAGCCCGCAGAUGAACAUCAAGGGAACUGCCGACCAGAGGGAACAUUUUCAAAUGCACAGAACGAAUUGGGAUCGAAAUUACAACACACCGGACGCUAGCAGCAGCGGUGGACACUAUGUUGCACGUCCGUAUGAGAUGAACAAUAACUCUGCUUUAUUCAACAGCGCUGGAAGAACUUCCCCUACAACGUCUGGCGCGACAACAGUCCCAGCUCCAGGCACAAACUACUGCUCCUACGUGCAUAAUCAAGCAGAGCUGCAACUUCUUCACGACAGCGAGCGGCAUCCGCAUCGGCCACAGGGAAGGAGAAAUACAAGUACCAGAGCACCUCCAGACCAUGAACAUCGUGCACCAUAUGACAUGGACAAUCGAACCCCCCAGUUGUACUCGGCUGGCGCGCGGCAAUUCCUGGACAAUGAUUUACACGUGGAUAUCCUGAGCAAAAACGUCCCCACCCCAUAGUCAAUGAAUUUGAUAAAUCUGCAACACAAAUCGCCAAGCUUUGGGAGUUGUGCAUGACAAAUUUCCGUCUGUAGUAUAGUGGUGCUUAGCAAGGCAAGCCGCAUGAGAAAGCCAAUUUCUCAUCCAGUUUACAGCAUUACAAAUGCCAAAUCGCGAUUAGAAAUGCCUCUCAUGGGGAUGCGCAUUACAAAUGUUCGUCUCAUUGCGCAUUUGUAUGGGGUGGGGACGUUUUUACACGGGAUAGUGGAAGAAGAAUCUGUCAUCUCCUGCACAAGCCGCUCGACCUCCCGUGCGCCCUCAAACGCCAGUUCAGUGGUUCGCAGAAGUCGAGCGGUCAAUAGUAUUGGUACCGGAGUUGACGUCAAUAAUUACCCGGUCUUGCACCAAGGCGGCUACUAUGACGGGACCACAGCGCCGGAGUACAGUGACGGUUACGCUUCCCCCAAUCAUGCGCCGCGUUCGUCGCAGCGCGGCGGGAAAAUGUCGCACCACCAGAUACGGUACAGCAAUGGCAUGCAGCCGCCACCAAGAAUGGUCCGGCGCGUCGUGAAUCCUGGCGGGGUCGUAGAACACCAGCUGCAGCAAAGAGUUAUCGUGAAGAAAAAGCGCGGAGUGAACGGACCCGGUGCGGGAAGGGAGAGUGGACACAAUUACCAGGGUAGCAAAGCGAGGCGGCAGAAGGGCUUGCAGGCAUCGCAGGAGGCGGUGGGGGCGACAAGGUACUUAAUCUUAUCAGGGGAUUUUUGUUUAUUUCGCUGUUCUACUUGGAUAAGGACACUGGUCCGUCUCGUACUGGAUGGCGAAGAUUAUAACAGGCACUUUCUGGUGUGACUGUGUAGUGCACAAGUUGUAGCACGGCUGCAUCCUUGAAACACAGGAGUUUUUCGCAUGUAUGAUUUUUACACGACUACACUCAGGGCUCGGCGGUUGGUGCAGUUCCUGUUUCUGCUGCUGAUUCUGGGGUUAGUUGUGGACCCGACGUUUUUUGGGCUAUUCCCCUCGAACGAAGAGCCGCCAGGCGCGUCAAGAAACUUGAACGUCGCAUCGGGACCCGAAGGAGUUGUGUGGAAAAAUAAGAAAAAGAAGAGAAAACGUGGCCCAGCUGCACCGGCGGCAAACGCGAAGGUGGGGCCGCAAGGGGAGGGCGACAGCAGCAGUGUCCUCGCGGAAGAUGGUGCGGGAGAGGAAAAUUUACAGGGGGCAGCAGCAGCUGCUUCCCGACAACGCAGCAGCCGAGCGUCGGCAGGAAGGACGGGGAAAAAAUCGUCUAGAAGGAAAAGUAUACAGAGAAUUUUUUGUUGUUUUCGUUUUUGGAUGGGAAAAUAAGCGGAAGAUCACUCAUGCUCAUUCUGUUAUGCGCAAGACCAAGAUGAAAAACUAAAAAAAAAACAGAGCGGUCCAGCAAGUCCAAGAGGUCCGCAGCAGCUCAGCCCCCGCCAGCGACCGCUGCUGUAGAGGAACACGCAACGCCCAACGCGUUUUCCGCAUUGGAAAUGCCACCCGUGGCCGUGUCAACGCAUCAGUCGCACGAACACGCGUACAACGUGAGGGACGACGAUAUCGACGACUUUCACAGCACGGAGGACGACGACCAGGAGGAGUUGCCGCGACCCACUUGGCGUUUCCGCGGUUCGCACGCGGCCGCUGCGGAGAUCAAGAGGAAAUCCGCGUCCUCUGGUACAAGUGGGAAAAUAAACAAUAUUGUUCCUACCGCCAUCAAAAAAUCCUCCAAGUUCCAGCAGUUUUCCUCCUGGCUGCAGACGAAAAUGCGGAUGACGAGUACCAUAUCAAGUGCAAAAAUGUCUGGGUCUGGAAACUUGUAAUGCUGCGUUGGGAACAGUGAAUGCUCUCUAAUGCACCAACAAGCAUGAGAAAUAUCUGCGCUUCUUCGUGUUGCGUUUUUCAUUGCAUGACAGGCAAAAGGGUCUUUUCUUGGACACGCAUCACAAACUUUUUGGUCAUGCCAGACAAGCAUGACAAAACUCGCAAUCUUCCAGACCCAGACAUUUUUGCAUUUGAUAUACCAGUCUCAUCUCUUCCGCCUACACGAACCACGCCAAGAGCAAUGACCAACCCGGGAAAAAAAUAAUCUCCAAUCGCGUUAUCGCCCGCGACCUCGACGCCCCCGCGCCCUCCCGGCACGCGGCGUUCGCGCGGACUUAUGUCGGGGUGGGCUUGGCGAAAACUUACCGGUAUUUUGUCGGCACCUACCCGACGGCCACUCGCGUGUUCCACCUGUAUUUAGCGAUCAUCUUCGCAACGCUGACCGCAAUUACCGGGCUGCUGGUGAAUCUGGUGUACAUGCAGGGCUUUGUCAUCGACAGUCAUCGGCUGGUGUCCGCUACUGCGGUGCAGCGAGUUCUUGACCACAGUUCUUCUGGUGCGACUGGCGAAGAUAAGGAAGAAGGAGCGGAAGACGGAUUAGAAGUAGAGAAAAUGAAGAAAAAAGUGGGGUUUGCAAAUGCAAAUGCAAGUACCACCACCUCGCCUGUUUUAUCUCCAGCCGGGAAGAAAAUCUCCGCACUUUUCACGUGGUGGAACUCGUUCUUCCAAACCAGCUUGUUCACCAGGAAGGAGCUCUACGAAGAGGAGGAGCUCUCCAGCUCCUGUUCUGAAGAUGACGACGAAGCUGCUACCUCUAGCGACACUGGCGGUGAAGAGGGGAGUGAACACGAUAUAAUCGGCACGACUGUCAGUAGAAAUCAUCAUGUAGAGCACUCCUAUAAAAAUCCCCGAAGAGGACGAGAACGAUCUGGGGUGCAGGAUCAACAUGGCUCGCACGUACAGAUUCUUGACGAGACCAGCCAUUUGUACACGGCGAUUCGCAAGUAUAAUCCGAAUGUGAACUACAAGGGAAGUAGUAGCGGCGGGGGCAAAAAUUAUUCUAACAAACUGCAAAAGAAGAAUCACGCGGCCCAGAAGAUGAACAGCAACUCCACGAACGACAAAUUCCUCUACUACGACUCACUAAACGAUUGUGGUGGCGAUAAUUACCGGAUUUUCAGUCUGAUGCCGCAAACGAAGGCAACGACCGUGGAAGACGUGGUGAAAAUGUCGGGAAGUAAUACUAGAAGUUCGAGGAUGAAAACCGAUACCGAAGUUUCUGCAGGUCCUCGUGCUGACCUCCACGCUAGAAGUGUUUUACACGACGAGGAGGAUGACGAGGAGGUGGAAUUCGAGGCGCCACCAGUGGAGACAGCAAGUGUUUCGUCCCGGAAUUACGGAACGAACAAGAGAGGCAGGAACAACUCGAGCAGCAGUAGAGCUUCGUUUCAACAAAGGCUACAGGAGGCGAACCAAAGGAGGACCCAGGCGAUGUAUGAGAGCAGCGUGAAGGUAUAGUUGGAGCAAGGAAAUGUCGGAAAUUCAAAUUUUUCUUGAGGUCAUGAUUUUCAGCCACUGUUGUUGUACGAAUUAAUGUGAAUUCUACCAAAUAAAAGUAGAAACAGAAAGAAGUCUGAGUAAACCAAAAAUCAGAUGAGCCAGUGGGUGGUGCAGAAGCAAAACAGUCCGCAACGCCAAGCUGCGCCGCAAUACCUUUCUCAACAGCAGUUAUCCACAGCUUCAAUCGGUGGCGGUACUACAACUUCUCGGAACAACUACUUGCGGUUUCCCAGCAGCACAGACGAAAGAGCUUCAUCUACCUCCCUAAUCCGUGACCAGUUACCCGAGGUGUCGUUGGAUGUGUCAGCGAGACUCCGUGGCAGCACUACUUCUACCCCGGGCGUGCAACAGAUAAUAAAACCGGUUCUUCCUCUCACGACGGAUGACCUGAAUAUUAAAGACCACCCGGAGUAUGAAAACCAAAACCACUUGUUGUAUCGUCGACCACAUGAGAACAUCAAAAUCGUCGCUCCGUGGAACCGAACAACCGUAAUGAACGUCGCUCCCUCGUUAUGACAGUGCACAACUCCCCCUCCCCCUCAUUUGUCAUGCAAAAUUCCAAAUCCACCCUUUGUCUGUUAACACUGUUUGCAUGACAGAUUCCGGAAUCCAAAACAGCACUACAGUCCUCCAGGAGUUUGUCAUGCAAAAGCUGCAUCUUUGCCAGCACUUGUGUUGCCGUUCAUGCAAAACAAAUGAGGGGGAGGGGGAGUUGUGCACUCGCAUACUCGUCGUCGAAGGAGCUCACGGCGUCGGAAGCCGAGGGGAGGUCUUCGAAGGAGCCCGCGUUGUCGGAAGCAAGUCAGGGAUCGUCGUCCACGACGGUGAUGCGAAGCAGCGAGGAACCUGCGAGCAGUUUCACGAGCGCGGCAGAAGAUUUGGCGUAAGCUGUAGAUACGAAAAAUAUGAACAAUAAAACUAAAAGCAAAUAACAAACUAUAACUUCGUGUAUCAGAGUAUCCAAAUGUCUACUACCUCAGAAGAAAAUUAUAUAGUGUCGCAACCUGUAAUUGUAAAUCCAAGAUGCUCGCAUUUAUUGUACCAGUGUUACUGUAAAAUACUACGUAAACUUCAGAAAUAAAGGCUACUACCUUUACUCACUGACAGAUGAAAAAUUAUUUAUCCAGUAGACAUUGAUUUGGCCUGUAUGUAAUAAAAUGAAAUCUCUUCGCCAUCGAGAAGUAUCGCACGCACUUUUGUACGCCGGCGGAAUGGUUCGGUCCGUGGUGAGGCCCGGGGGCACAAUAGCUGUGUUCAACAAAAGCCCCGCACUGGUUAUGUCCGUGCUGAGGCCCGCGGGCACAAUAGCUGAAGUUCCCCCCCCUCCCAAACAAGAUGGCAAACCAGCGGGCCACCCACAACACCCCCCCCCGCCCAACGAACCACCAAUGCGGGCGGCCCGGAAGCCAGGCGCACCGCACGUGGGCGGCUCCCUGCCUGCCCGCGGCCAAAAGCGGGCGGAGUAGGCCAGCAAGGCAACCGGCCCUAAGCCCCAAAGGCUAGGGCAGGCCGCCUCUUUUCCCCAAAGCUGAAACCAUCCAAACGGGCGUGACGGUGGGGCCUCCCCAAGCUUUCCCCUUCCCGGGAGUCAGGUAACUACGAAGGCGGAGGCCCAUUCCGGACCUGUUAGGGCGGGAGUGGGGGCCCCCUUCGAGCUGCGGGCGGGCCGGGAGGCGGGGGCCCCCCUGUGGGGAGGAUACCCAGCGGGCGGGAGGGCGGGAGCCGGGGACGGGGGCCCCCCUGUGGGGAGGAUACCCAGCGGGCGAAAGGCCGGGAGGCGGGGGCCCCCUGUUUUCCCCGACGGUAUGCUCGACGCAAAAAUAGCAACCUUCAGCGUGCCGCCGUGUUAAAAAGUCUGGGCCUCAGCGCGUGCCGGUCUCAAAAUUAUUUAUCCAGGAGAUUGAUUUGGCCUGUAACAAAAUGAAAUCUCUUCGCCAUCGAGAAAUAUCGCACGCACUUUUGUAUGCUUCAUUUCUACACAUAGCACGCAAGACAGACCAGCUCUGUCAUGCCAGAUAAUCAUAGAAGCCUCGGCUCAUAAGUGUUUUCCCGUAGGAUAUCUGCAUUACAUCAUGCAGAGAAAUUUGUGUUGCUGAAUUGACUACACAUGUGUAACUGUAACACUUUUUUCGUUGGAUAUUCCUCGUCGUCGAAGGAGCUCACGGUGUCGGAAGCCGAGGGGAGGUCUUCGAAGGAGCCCGCUUUGUCGGAAGCAAGUCAGGGAACAGCAUCCACGACGGUGAUGCGAAGCAGCGAGGAACCAACGAGCAGCUUCACGAGCGCGGCAGAAGAUUGGGCGUAAGCUGUAGUUUCGAAACAUCAAAAUUAAUAAUGAAAAAACAGAAAAAAACUUAAAGUAAGUACUUCGUUCUUGUAUCUGUUGUACCAAUCAGACUGUCAAAAUGCCUACUUUAGAAGAAAAUUCGUGGCCCACAUUGUAAAUCCAAGAUGCUCGCAUGUUAAUGUAAAAUACUACUUACGUAAAGUUUUAGGUUUCACAGAAAAUAAUCCAGCGGACACUAUUUUGGCCUGUAACAAAAUGAAAUCUCUUCGCCAGCGAGAAGUAUCGCACGCACUUUUGUACGCUUCACUUCUGGAUGAUAAAAUUAAAAAAAUAAAUAACGCAACUACAUGAGAAAUUUAGAUAUGUACGAUAUCGGCGAGAGAAAGCGACGCUGGCAACUGUUUGUAAUUCGAAGUGUAAAUGAAGUCGACUAUAAACCGAUCAUCUCUUUCGGGAUGAUUAGCGUCUCUAUUUCGCCUAGCUGGCAAUGCGUUGUGUUGAUUCUUUUGGUCCACACUUUUUUCAUCUGUCUCAUUCUGUUUUUUGGGUUUUUUUUCGCGAGAGAUGAUCAUGAUAGGAUAAGCGGCAGCGUUCUUUUUUGUCUUGCUCUUUCUAUGUCCCGCCUCAACGUGCCGUUUUUUUGUCUUGUCGUUUUUUUUUUUUCCGAGACGAGAACUCAUUACAUUUGCUUUUGCAGCUAAAACCAUGCAGAAGAGAGGUGGGAAUCAUCGAACACAAGAAAAACAGAGAAAAACUCAAGAAUUAUUGAAAAAGUCAAUAUUCUACAGAAAAAGUAAAAAAAAACAGAGAAAAGGAGAAAAUAAAGAAAAGAAAAUAGAAAAAAAGUAGGGCCCGGAGUUUUCUAAUGAUUCGCCACAAGCCGCACGCUGAAGCGCGACUUUUUCAAUGAAAACUGCGAAAAUCAUAAGAAAAGUCAAAAAAUCAUAGAAAAAGUCAAACGCGAAUCGAUCCGCCUCACUUGCCAAGCUAACGCGUCGGCGUGUGCGCGCGCGCAGCGCGCGAAAAUUUUUUUUUCAGCCAGCCGCUGGGGACCCGGCCCGAGAAAAAGUUUGCGCACCCCGAGACCGAGGCGCGCGCGCGCGCAGUUUUUUUUUCAGACACCCUUCCGACAGUUGAAACCAAAAAAACUUCCGCCCCCAGCGCCAAGGAAGAAAGGCUGGCGUCUGCAACACGCGGCGCGCGAUCGGAAUUUUUGUGGCCGGCCCGCCCCUGACUGCCGGACACAAAAAACUUUCCGCGCCAAUCCCCGACCCAGGCGCCUGCGCGCGCACAGCGCGCGGAAAUUUUUUUUUUCCAGACCGCCCCCGAUUGCCGGGCGCGCGCAGAACUUUCCAUCCGCGCCCUGAGGCCGGCGCGCCCGCGCGCUCUUAGCUAGGCCGGGGCCGUAGGUGAAUAAAUAUUUUUCCAGCAAGGCCCCGACCGGAGGGCGAUAAAAAAAAUUGCCAACACCCUCAGCCUAAGGCCUCUGCGGGCGCCACAAAAAGGCCUGCCUCGCGCACUUUAUUCACGCGGCCACGAUUGCCAAGCACGACGAAAAGUUGCAGCGAGCGGGCGUCCUUAGGCCAAGGCGUGCGAGCGCGCGCAGCGCGCGAAAUUUUUUUUGCCCGAAAACCGAUGGCCGGGCGCGUAAGUAACAAGACUUCCGCGCCCUCGGGCUAAGGUUUGCGCGGGCGCGCGCGGCGCGUGGCAAGGAUUUUCUUCCGGCAAGCCCCCGACUUCUCGAGAAGGAAAAAGCGCUCCGCGCUCUGCCACCGAAAUCUCUUCGCCAUCGAGAAAUAUCGCACGCACUUUUGUAUGCUUCACUUCUAGAAAAUGUAGAUGAUAAAAUU